CCAAGGUAAAAUCAGAUCUGCCACACCGAUUUGCUUUACUCCACCAUUUGUAAGACUCGUGGUCUCUCUGAUGAACUAUUGGGAAUUCCUUUGUACUUUACUUAAUGCAUUUAGUUUCCCAUUAAGCUUUACCAUACGCGACAUGUCUGAAGCAAUGAUUCUCAGAAUCAAGGAGCUGGAAGGAGAACUGGAGACGCUCAAGUCCCAACUUGCGGACCAGAAGGAAGUGGUGUGCACUCCAUCUCCCGAUGAGGCCACGGGCUGCAGACCUGACAACGGAGUCGGACAGAUGUGUAAAAAAGGCAGGAAAGCAGGGAAAGACAGACCAUUUGACUUCUCUGCUCAUCCUCGACGGCAUGUUGCUCUGCGUCUUGCCUACCUGGGAUGGGCCUACCAGGGGUUUGCAGUUCAGGAGAACACAGAGAACACUGUAGAAGCCAGACUGUUUGAAGCUCUCCUUAAAACGAGGCUCAUCCAAGACCGACAGAGCUCCAACUACCACCGCUGUGGCCGGACUGACAAGGGUGUUAGUGCAUUUUCACAGGUGAUAACCAUUGACCUGAGAUCCACCCAGUUGUGUGGAGGACUGGGUGUCAAACUCCCUGAAAGUGUUGAUUCCACCAAGGUUCAAGGUUCGGGGGUCUCAGAAGUUCCGUAUGUGAAGAUGCUGAACAGAGUUCUACCUCGGGAUAUCAGGAUUUUAGACUGGGCACCAGCGACUGAGGGCUUCAGUGCACGCUUUGAUUGUCAGUCUCGCACAUAUCGCUACUACUUCCCCCGGGGCUCUUUAGACGUUGCGCUGAUGGCAGAUGCAGCGAAAAGAUACGAGGGCACGCAUGACUUCCGAAAUUUUUGUAAAAUGGACGUGGGAAACGGAGUCUUACAGUUCGAGAGGACCAUCUUGUCAGCAAGUGUUCUCUCAACUCAUCCGGAGUCGGACUCGAGCGCUGACCCAUACAACCUUUUCAUGUUUGAGGUCCAGGGAUUGGCCUUCCUCUAUCACCAGGUUCGCUGCAUGAUGGCAGUUCUACUCCUGAUUGGUCAGAAGCUGGAAACACCAGACGUUAUUGACCACCUUCUUGAUGUUCAGAAGAACCCGAGGAAGCCACAGUACAGCAUGGCCAUGGACUACCCACUGGUUCUGUAUGACUGCAGCUUUGAUGGGUUGAGUUGGCAACAGGAUCCUGAAGAGUUGAACUAUGUUAUUUCAACACUGACUGAGCACUGGACCCAGAGUGUGGUCAGGUCCCAGGUCUUGCAUGGGAUGAUCAGUGGAUUAGAAGGCAAAGGUGGGGCUCCCUCUCAUGACUGCUGCCUGGUUGAAGGCAGCAGGCAGAAGAACUACCGGCCGCUGCUGGAACGUCCGUGCUGCGAGAGCUUGGAGUCCAGGAUCCAACACUUUGUUAAACGAGGCCGACUGGAGCAAGAGGACGGAGUGAAUGGAAGAGAGACUAUUUUCAGAGGGAAGCGAUCUAAACUUCACCAGAAUUCUGGAAAUCCUAAUGAAUCUGAUGAGUCAAAGUUGUAAACCUGUGUGCACAUGGUGGACUUGACAUUUUUAUUUUUUUAAUUUUUGGACUGAAACAUUUUCUUUUAUUCAGAACUAAGUGAAAAUUAUGUGAACCCAUUAAAGGUAUCCACUAAAUGUUGUUGGUGUAGAUGUGAAAG